UAGAAACAACUAGUCUGCGCGCAGUCGAAUUAGUAGCAAAGAUGGCAGCAAUAACUAAGAAAAGAUCCCCGGGUUUCUUUCCUAGCUACAGUACUGUCAUUGCGAUAGUUGUAUGCAUCUUUGCAUAUGCAGAGGUGGUAUCGGCAUGGAAGAAUAUAUGCGUUCCUGGAGAUAUAUACAUGGAUUCAUACACUGUUGGUGGCCAGCGGGCUUGCAACUCUUGUACAAAUUGGUGUAAAUCACAGUGUUCAAAAUUGGAACUUUCAAUGGUCAAGGGUACAGAUAAGUGUUUAAGAAACCCCCAAAAUACUAUUCGAUGCAAGUGUUGCUGUGAAAAACCCUUCUCUCCGCCAAAACCACCUCUUCCUCCUUCUGCAUCCAAAUUUGAGGGCCAUCACCCAUGGACUUUUAACAUAUGUGUGAGUAACCAAAUAUAUGAAAAACUUGGGCACCCUAAUGGGAAAGAUUGCAUUCAUAAACCUUUAUGUGAGAAAACUUGCAACCAAAAAGGCCUUUCAAAAGCAAGGUCCGAGUGCGUAGCAGCUGGUAGUAUGGUCAGUCCACUUGCUUGGGUUGAGCAAUGUUGUUGUGAAAAGCUCGUCCCCUCACCCCCCUCCAUCCCCACCACCACCACCACCCUCGCCACCUCCUCCAUCCCCACCACCACCACCACCCUCGCCUCCUCCUCGUCCCCCACCACCACCACCCUCGCCACCUCCUCCUUCCCCACCACCCCCCUCGCCUCCUCCUCCGUCCCCAUCACCCCCACCUCCAUCCCACCACCACCAUCACCUCCUCCAUCUCCAUUACCCCCACCUCCGCCAUCUGCUGCAAUAAAUAUUUGCGCACCUGGGGAUGCUUUUUCACAGACCAGCAUGUCUACCACUGAUUGCACCCAGUGUACAUCUUAUUGUAGAAGUAAAUGUCUUGGAACUGGAUCUUCAAUGAGAAAAAAUGGGUGUAGGGAAGACUCUCCUUCUACUGUAUUGUGCAAGUGUUGUUGUAGGAGCAUUACCUCACUAUUAUCUGCUAUAGGUUCAUUUCUACACGCAGAACAAAAGUGA